UUUAUUUUUUUCUUUCUUUCUUUCUUUCGUUUUUCUUUUCUUUUAUUUACUUUAGAAUAGUAUGGCUAGCCCUGACUUUAGUAGUCCUUUACGCAAAUACAAACUUGUCUUUCUUGGAGAACAAAGUGUUGGUAAAACUUCCUUAAUCACUCGUUUUAUGUAUGACACCUUUGACAACGCCUAUCAGGCUACUAUUGGUAUCGAUUUUUUAUCAAAGACAAUGUAUUUAUCCGAUAGAACAGUGCGAUUACAAAUAUGGGACACUGCUGGUCAAGAACGAUUCCGUAGUUUGAUUCCAAGCUAUAUUAGGGAUUCCUCUGUUGCUGUCAUUGUUUAUGAUAUCUCUAAUCGCGACUCUUUUAUGAACACCAGUAAAUGGAUUGAUGAUGUACGUGCUGAAAGAGGUAGUGAGGCUAUUGUAGUCCUAGUAGGCAACAAGACCGAUCUGAAUGAAAAAAGGGAAGUGACAACAGAUGAAGGAGAAAAACGUGCAAAGGAAUUGAAUGUCAUGUUCACCGAAACAAGUGCAAAGGCUGGUCAAAAUGUAAAGAAUCUCUUUAGAAGAAUUGCUCAAGCUUUACCUGGCAUUGAUGGAAAUUCUCCUGAAAAAGAUCAAAUGCAAAAAAUCAAUCUUACCAAUAGCGGAACGGAAGCCAGCGGAUGUGCUUGUUAGAUCAUCUUUCAUUAUUCGUCAUGCUUAUUAUUUGACCAAUGUUGAUGAUCGUCAGCUCACGAUUCUUAUUUUUUUUUUCCUUUCUCUUUAUACUACAAUAUUUCCCCCCCCCCUCUUCUUUAUAUAUAUAUAUAUCUAUCUAUCUAUUUAUCUAGUGCUUUUUUUUUAUAUAAAUGUUAUUUACAUACCUGAUAUCCCCGCCUACUUUUUUUUUAUACAUAUGUUGUCAUUUUAUCCUUUUUAUUUUAUAACCUCGCCAAUAAAGAAUUUAUUUUCACCUCCUUGUUGACUAUUUGAUCAACAUGACA